AAAACCCUUUCCUCUUCCUCUUCUCACUCCUCCUCAUCACAUACCCCAACACCUCCCCUUCUCCAAUAAUGGCGACGACCCUCCUCCUCCUCCCUCCACACGCCCUUCCUCUUCCUCCUUCUCCCUCUUCCUCCUCUUUUGGGAAGAGGAGACCCCCCUUCGCCUCUCUCAAGCUCCGAGCUUGCUCUUCGCCGCCGCCGCCUCCUCCGGAGCCUAAGGUGGUGGUCACGCGGGAGCAGGGGAAGAACGCGAAGCUCAUCGACGCGCUGGCAAAGCAUAGCAUCCACUGUUUGGAGCUUCCUCUUAUUAAGCACACGCAAGGGCCUGAUGCGAAUAGGCUCCCAGCUCUCUUGAAUGACGCUGAGUUUGACUGGAUUGUUGUAACUUCUCCAGAAGCCGCUGCAGUGUUCCUUGAAGCUUGGAAGGCUGCGGGAAAUCCUAAAGUGAAAAUUGCAGUGGUUGGAGCUGGUACAGCGAGCAUUUUUAAUGAAGUGUUGCAGUUUAAUGGACAAACUCUUGAGGUUGCAUUUUCCCCUUCAAAAGCGACGGGCAAAGUUUUAGCUUCGGAGCUCCCAAAAUCCACUCACAAGAGCUGUAAAGUUUUAUAUCCUGCAUCCGUGAAAGCUGGCAAUGAAAUUGAGGGUGGCUUAUCAGAUCGAGGCUUUGAGGUGACAAGGCUGAAUACUUAUAACACUGUACCUGUACAAGAAGUGCACCCAGUGCUUUUAAAACAAGCUCUCUCUGCUCCGGUUGUUGCAGUAGCUUCACCUUCAGCAAUUCGUGCUUGGGCAAAUCUUAUACCGGAAUCAGAAAAUUGGGAUAAUUCAGUCGCUUGUAUCGGUGAGACGACUGCAUCAGCUGCAAAGGGAAUAGGUUUGAAGAAUGUGUAUUACCCAACUAACCCUGGCCUUGAAGGCUGGGUUGAGAUCAUCCUAGAAGCUUUGAUAGCCCAAGACCAGAUUGACAAGGCCCUAGUUUCUUGAUGAGUAAGCACAUAGAGGGAAAUUGAAGAGUGCCAUUGUUAGAUGAUUGUAGAUUUGUCUUGUUUAUUCCUGCAUCACACUUACCAGAACAACCUCAAAUAUCAGAGGCAUUUAUGCACCUUUCUGUUCUACAUCUAUCUAUGUACAUUAUUUGUAACAUUUUGUAUAAAAAUUAAGAGGUUGUGCUUUUUUUAUUA